CUCAAACACACCAGCCAUGUUUGCUAAUUUGAAACCCAAAGGUUAGCGAGUACCUGUUUAUUAUUUUCAUCGCCUGCUCCAUCUACUACAUAUUUCUUCGAUUAGAAGAUCGCAGGCAUCGCUGCCUUUGAAAAUCAACGACAAUAAGAUGGAGGCAAAUAACCAUUUUAACUUUGGCGGUCACCCGUCUGUAUCUGCGAACUCAGGGAUUAAGCUUUCCUCAGGGGAUUCUCUCUACACUAACGGGUCCUCCGUGAGCUUCCCCCAGCAAGGGAAAAACAUGAACGGCGACAUGAAUGUGAAUGGCAUCACUACUGUAAUGGGGGCUGGCGAGCCUGGCCCCCGCCCUUCCGCGGCAUACCCGCUCAUGAGCAACCACCACCGCCUGCACCACCAGAGCAGCCUGGGCUACCUGUGGGGCCAGCAGCAGCAGCAGCAGCAGCCGCCGUACGGCCCGGCCAUGGGCGCGGGGCCCCCACCUGGCAUGCACCACAAGCAGGGCCCCGGGGGAGUGAUGCAGCCGCCGCAGCAGCAGCAGCAGCAGCAGCAGCAGCAGCAUUUCCAGGGGCAUGGACAGUACCAGUUGAACGGGGGCAUGGGGGCGUCCCGCCAGCCUCCUGUGGCGGGUCCGCCUAACGUCACUCUAGCAGGGGGGCAGUACUGGGGCAGGGGCAGCCCCGGCCAGCAGCAGAGCGGCUCCCCCAUGGCCAUGAGCUACAGCUCCCACGGCGUGUACGGGCCUUACCAGAGCCACCCAAGCAUGACCCCCACACAACAUCACCAGCAGCAGCAACACCAUCAACAACAGCAGCAACAGCAUCUCCACCAUCAGCAACAGCAGCAACAGCAGCACCACCAUCAACAGCAGCAUCACCAUCAGCAGCAGCAGCAGCAUCAUUAUGGGAUGGUGCCCAACGGGAUGCCGUACUACCACCAUCAGCCUCCACAGCCUCAGGCCCAGAUCAUGGCCCCUGCCGCACAGGGCUUCACUCCGCCGCGUGGCAGCCCUCAGCACCACCACAUGAGCCAGGCGGUCACCAGCAGCCCCCUCCCCAUGCCGGGGCCCGCUGCCGUCGCUGUGCCCGAAAACGGAUCACCGCAGGCUCGCGAUGGCUCCCUAAACUCCCGCAUGGCGAUGCCCGCGGUUAUGCAAGGGCGUAUGAAUGAGGCAUACAAGGAGGUGGACAAUGGCUACAGCACGAUGGAGCAGACGUCUGUCCCCCAGCGGCUCCCCAAGACCGAGGGCUUUGUCCCCAAGCCCCCUGCCCCCCCUCAGCUGCCUGCUCAUGACUACCGCCAGCAGGUGCAGCAUUCCCCCAUGGACAACAGCAAAUACUCCAUAAAACAGUGCCACGACAUGGGGCAAACAGCAGGAGACUCACCCCCAGUGCCCCCCGCCCCUCUGGCCGUCCCGGCGGAAGCAGAGACUCGGACACUGGAGCGUAGGGGGUUUGCCGCCAAUACGGACCCUCCCCCGGAAACCGCGGGCAAACUGGAGGCAUCGACCGUUAACCUCGUUGACUCAGGGGGCACAGCACAGACAGAUGCUGGGGUUGCCCACCGCUCAGAAACGCAGGCGGUACAGGCUCAGAAUGCUUGUCCCGCACCAUCCCCGGGACUGCAGCCAUCGACGGACUCCCCUGCGGUCACCGCACCCCUCGCGGAGGCCCCGUGCUCAGCUGAAAGGGUGGGUGGGGCCCCCACUGGUGGCUUGUUGGAUGACACGCGAGGUACCGAGGAGUCUGUGACUGACACAUCCGCAAUGGAGCCCCCGAGUGCGGACAGCUCCAGGGCGGAGGAGACCAGCGCCACGGAUGGCGCCUUCGGCGGCAACCUCAGCGAUUCCGUCCACACGGACGGCGCCUUCGGCGACUCCCUGAGUGACUCCCUCUGCACGGAUGGCGCUUUUGGCGACUCCCUCCACACGGACGGCGCCUUCGGCAACUCCCUCAACGACUCCCUCCACAUGGACAACAACGCGGGCAGCGGCUCCUCCGCGGAGGACUCGGAGGACGGGGCGUCCCUGGCCGACAACACCCGGAGUGAGGACGUUUCUCCGAACGAGGAUGUUUCCCAGAGUGAGGACGUUUCCGCCAACGAGGACACAGUGGAAGGAAUCUCAGCUGAAGAAGAGUCCCAGGAAGGGACCUCGCUGAUCAAUACCUCACAGCUGGAGGCUUCUCUCAGCGACGCCUCUAAGAGAGUAGACGACGACUUCGCCUCCAGCAACCUCGCCUCUAAGGAUUCCCAGAUGGAGGAGGGGGCCGUGGAGGGGCGAGACGCGCCGGACUCGGCCGGCGGGGGGGCGGCGUGGAUUCCGGGAGGCUCGGAGCAGCAGGCCCCGCCGUGCGGCUCUGAGGAGCAGCCCGUUACAGACCCGGGCUCGUCCUCUCCCGCCACCAGCGCCACGCCGCCAGACACAGGAAAGCCUGAGAGCAGAGACCGCAGCGGCCCGGCCGCUGCCAGUCACGGUUCCCGGGUUCCGGAAUCCCCCGAGGAGGAGAAGAGGAGGAAUACGACAGAGGGCAGCGGCGCAGAGGAGCGGGAGCAGGUCAAAGAGGAGGCUGAAGAAACGGGGGGCGACACUGAGGACAUGGAGGACUCUGCUGCAGCCCCUGCACCUGUUUUUCCAUCCAGCGUUGCAGAGCCAAUCAGCUCCCCCCCUUGCCCCACCCUUAGCCCUGCCCCAACAAAACCCCCGAAAGCAAAAAGGGUGAAGAAAGUGGUAGCAAAAAUUCCCAAAAUGCCCAAAUUGCCUAAAAUGCCCAAAAAGCCAAAAACACCAAAAGCACCUAAAGUUCAGGUGGUAUUGGAAGGCAACCGUGGUGAGGGCAAUGACAACGGAGAUGAGGAUGAUGGUGAUGACGAAGAUGAGAGCGCCACGGCCAAUGGCGAAGGUCAGCGGAGGAGGAUAGCGACAGAAGAGCAAGUCCACUUCCCCCUGCUGCAUGGGUGGCGGCGGGAGGUGCGGGUGCGGAAGUGCGAGGACCGGCUGAAGGGGGAGACCUGGUACUACAGCCCCUGCGGGAGGAGGAUGAAGCAGUUUCCCGAAGUCAUCAAGUACCUCAGAAGGCACCAGGGCGGCGUCGUCACCAGAGAGCACUUCAGUUUCAGCCCUCGCAUGCCAGUAGGCGAUUUCUACGAGGAGCGCGAAACUGCCGAGGGUAACAAAUGGUUCCUCCUGGCCAACGAGGAGGUGCCCUCCAUAAUCAUGGCCAUCACAGGCAGGCGCGGCCGGCCCCCGAACCCCGACAAAGAGAGGCCCCGUUCCCGUGUCCGCCGCGGCCAGGCUGGCCCCGCCCGCCGCCCAGGGAGGCCCCCCAAGACCAAGAUGGAGGACCUGCUGAGCAAAGUGGAUGCCAGGCUUCUGAAGAGGCUCGAGGCCCAGGAAACUCUUAAUGAAGAAGAGAAGGAGAAACUCAACAAAAUCAAGAAGAAAAUGAAGAGAAAGGCAAGAAACAAAAGAAAGGAAGAAGCUAAAAAUAAGAAGAUCAGACAGGAGAAAAGGAAAGCUAAGCUGGAGAAGGCCAGAGAGCUGAAGGAGCAGGAGGGGCGGGCCCAGUCCCCGGGCCCCGGCGGCCAGCAGCCGGCCCCAGAGCCCAAGAAGCCGGGGCGGAGGAAGAGGGUGAAGGCGGAAGAGAAGGCCGGAGAGGAGGAGAGCCCGGCGAGGGGGAAGAGGGGCGGUUUGGGGCGGAGCAAGGCGAAGGCGCUGGCCAAGGCGCAGGCGGAGGCGGAGGCGCAGGCGGAGGCCGCGGCGGCAGCCAGGAGGCAGGCGGAGCGCAGGGCCCAGGCACAGCGCCGCCUGGAGGAGAGGAAGAGGCAGCUGAUGAUCCUGGAGGAGUUGAAGAAGCCCACUGAGGACAUGUGCCUCACAGACCACCAGCCCCUGCCAGCGCUGACCCGUAUCCCGGGCCUGGUGCUGUCGGGACGGGCCUUCUCCCACUGUCUCCACCUGGUGGAGUUCCUGCACAGCUAUGGGAAGGUGCUGGGCCUGCAGCUGCCCCGGGACGUGCCCAGCCUCAGCACCCUGCAGGAGGGGCUCCUCGGCGUGGGCGACAGCCAGGGCGAGGUGCUGGACCUGCUGGUACAGCUGGUGCAGGCUGUACUCCACGACCCAGGACUGCCCUCCUACUACCAGUCCGUGAAGAUCUUUGGCGAGAAGCUGGCCGACCUGGAGCUGAGCCGCGGCACCGUGUCGGAGGUGCUGCGUAUCUUCCUGGAGGCGCGCGGGUUCGAGCCGGACGUGUGCAGCAGCCUGCGCACAAAGCCCUUCCAGGCGCUCGCCCCCGACACCAAGGCUGCCGCGCUGGCCUUCCUGGCGGAGGAGCUCAACGGCAGCAACAUCGUCAUCAAGGAGAUCGACAACACGCUGGAGAACAUGGCUAAUUACAGGAAGAACAAGUGGAUAAUUGAAGGAAAACUGCGCAAGCUGAAGGCGGCCCUGGCGCAGCGGACCGGCCGCUCCGAGGAGGAGCUGUGCCUGGAGGAGCGGCGGCGCAGCGCCCGGGUGGCGGAGGAGGAGGAGCUCAGCCUGGAGGAGGGCGCUCUGCUGGAGAGGGGCAGCCGCCGAGCCCGCAAGGAGGAGGCCAAACUGAGCGAGAGCGAGAGCCCCUCCACAGCCAGCAUCCCGGACCUGGAGAGACAGAUCGAUAAGCUAACCAAGCGGCAGGUGUUCUUCCGUAAGAAGCUGCUGCAGUCUUCCCACUCCCUGCGCGCCAUUUCUCUGGGCCAGGACCGGUACCGGCGCAGGUAUUGGGUCUUGCCUCACAUCGGUGGAGUACUGGUUGAAGGAGCCGAGGAGAUCCUAGAUAGCCUAUCGGAUGUGUUUGUGACAGAGGACGCGGUACCGGACGUUGUUCCCAUUAAGGAGGAGGUGAAACCGGAGCCUCCCCUCUCUCCCGUCGCCACCCCUCCCCCGGCGCCUCCCCCCGACACCCCCGCGGAGGUGGACCCUCUUCCCGGCACUGCAUCUCUCAUGAGCAGCCCCAGGAGCAGGGGCCGCCCCCGCAAGAUAAAGCCCGAGGUGGAGCUGCACCUGCGGACCGCCAAGAUCCGCCGCCGGCGCCGCAGCAGCAAGCUGAGCGCCGACGAGUCGGUGGAGGGCAGGGCCGCCGGGCAGAGCGCGCAGGACGCCGCCGCGCAGACGGCCCUCCUGUCCUGGCCGGGCCACGCCCAGGGAGCCGCCUGCAACGGGGCUGCCGGCGACAGCGUGAAGGAGGAGGCGGAGAGGCGCGGCCAGUGGUUCAACCUGCUGCCCAAGACGCCCUGCGACCACACCUCCCUCUCUGAGCCGGCCCUGCCCACGUCGCCGAAAGACCCCUUCCAGUCCCCAGGCGCCCUCCUCUCAGCCCCUCCACAGCCGUUCUUCGGUUCGCCCCUCUUGCCCCAGGUGUGCUCCACCCCUCUCCCGAAACCCGGCAGGCGGCGGAGGAGAGGCGCCAGCACCGGCCACUCGUCCGCUGACUCCUCCGCCCUUGGCCUCUCCGUGGCGGGGACCACCAAGCGUCGCGGCCGCCCCCCUUCCAAGCUCAUCCAGCAGAUCGAGCAGCAGUACCUCAGCCAGCUGGUGGUGAAGCCCAUCCCAGCAGGCAUGGCGCGUGGGUGGUGGUGGAUCCGGAGCCCGGAGGAGCUGACAGCCCUGCUGCAGGCCCUGCACCCUCGCGGGGUCCGAGAGAAGGCCCUCCACAAGCACCUCUCUAAGCACAGGGAGUACCUGGAGGAGGUCUGCUCCCGGCCCAGGAGCGACCCCGUGUUCGAGCGGGAGGUGGAGGAGGGCGGAGCGCUGUCGCAGGCGCUGCAGCAGGAGUGGGAGGCGAACAGGGGGGCCAUGGAGGCGGACGUCAGCGUGCUGCAGUGGGUGGAGGACCUGGAGCAGAGGGUGCUGGCGGCUGACCUGCAGAUCAAGAUGGCUUCCCAGAACACAAGGAGCGACACUGACGGUACUGAGGAAACUGCAGCCCCCGAAUUUCAGGGCUUCACCUUGCCAGAACCAGACUCCACACGGGAGGACCUCCAGUACCACGAGCACGAGGUGGACCCCCAGGACGACUGGAUCGUCAAGACCAAGAGGGAGUGGUCCGGCUUUCUGCGGCUGCCCACCAACCCGCUGGACCUGGCCGUUAUCCGGCUGGCCACCCUGGAACGCAACAUCGAGCGGCGCUACCUCAAGGAGCCCCUGUGGAGCCUGGGGGACGUGGUCCGGCUGGCGCCCCUCACCCCGACCCCCGGGGAGGAGAAUCAGCUGGAUGUAGAGAGCCUGGAGAGCGAGAUCACCCCCCGGCUGCGGGCGUGGAGGCAGGCGCUGGACCGCACCCGCAGCGCCGCCCAGCUCUCCCUGUGCCUGCUGCAGCUGGAGCACGCCAUCGCCUGGGAGAAAUCUGUCGUCAAAGUGACCUGCCAGGUGUGCCGCAAGGGGGACAACGACGAGUGCCUGCUGCUGUGUGACGCCUGCGACCGCGGCUGCCACAUGUACUGCCUGCGGCCCAAAGUCACACAGGUCCCCGAGGGAGACUGGUUCUGCCCCACCUGCAUCUCCAAGGCGAAUGGCGAGUCCCUGCGGCUCCAGCGCCCGCCGAAAUCGAGGUUGCGGUUCCGGAAGAGGCAGGCUGGGGGCUAUGACUCUGGGAGCUCGGACGAGGAUGACAGCCCCCGGAGGGGAGGGGGCAUGACGACGCGACGGAGGGACGGGCAGGCCGCCACCGCCUCCCCCUACACCCGCUUCUCAGGAGACAGUUCCUCACCCGCCAAACGCCGGCGCAUGACCACUCGCAACCAGCCUGACCUCACCUACUGCGAGAUCAUCCUGAUGGAGAUGGAGUCUCACAGCGACGCCUGGCCCUUCCUGGAGCCCGUCAACCCUCGGCUCGUACCCGGGUACCGGCGCAUCAUCAAGAACCCCAUGGACUUCCUCACCAUGCGGGAACGCCUGCUGCAGGGAGGGUAUUGCAGCUGCGAGGAGUUUGCGGCCGAUGCCCAGCUGGUCUUCAACAACUGCGAGCUUUUCAACGAGGACACCUCGGAGGUGGGCAUGGCCGGCCACUCCAUGCGGCGCUUCUUUGAGAGCCGCUGGGCCGAGUUCUACCAGAACAAGGACAACAAGUAGACCUGGGGGGAUGGGCCCAUGGAACCUGUGUGUGUGUG